AUGGCCUCCACGCAGGCUGACCCAGGCAGCCUGCCCCUCAGCGUGGACCUGUGCCUUCCUCACGUCCCGGGCCGGGCGGCCUGCCUGACGCUCUGCCUGUUCUACGCAGCCCUCCUGGUCCUCGGUGUCCUGGGGAACGGCCUGGCCCUUUGCCUCGCCUGUCGAGGGGGCAAGAAGAUCAACUCGGCAGGUGUCUACCUGGUCCACCUGGCCCUGUCCCACCUGCUGUGGACCUCGGCCCUGCCGGGAACCAUCAUCUACUACGCGCGGGGCUUCCACUGGCCGUUCGGGGACGGGCUGUGCAGGCUGACGGCGUUCCUGGUCAGUGCGAACGCCUACGGGGGUGUCUAUCUCAGCAUGUGCCUGAGCGUGGACCGCUACCUGGCGGUGGUGCGCGCCCACGGGCGCCCGCGGCCCCGCAGCGCCCACCAGGCGGGGCUGGUCUGCGCCGCUGUGUGGAGCCUGGUGCUGCUGCAGACGGUGCCCUUGCUCUGGACCCCCCUGGCCGAGCCCGCGGCGGGCAAGCCGACCUGUGUGGAGCACGUGGGAGCCGAGCCCACGCUGGGGCUGCCCCUCCCGGCCCUGCUGGCCUGCGCCAUCGGCUUCUGCGGGCCCGUGGGCGUCAUGCUCUUGUGCUACGUGGCGAUGGCCUCGAAGCUGCACAGGGCGGCCCAGGGCAGCCCCAGGGCGCGCCGGCGGGGACUGCCCCGGAGGGCCUGCCUGCUCUCCCUGCUGGGGCUGGUGGCCGUGGGGUUGUGCUUCGGGCCCUACCAUCUGCACCUCUUCCAGUUCACGGUGCGGGCGGCGCUGCGCCCGCCGUCCUGCGCCGAGCGGAGGGCGUUCGCGUGGACCCUGCAGCUCACCGCGGCGCUCAGGAACGUGAACUGCGGCCUUGACCCUGUUGUCUACUUCUUUACAUCCACGCGUGACAGGAAGUGGCUCCUGCGCGUUUUAAAGCUCAGAGCCUUCUCCUCCUCUGGCCCCGGGGAAAAGCUUCUUCAGAAACAGGGCGGGAGGCUCGGGGUGCUGGCCCACAAGGAGGUCUAA